CAGCCAGCGGCAGCCCACGCGACGCGACGCGACGCGACAGGCGCCUUCGAGGGGAAGUUCGCAGCGCAACCCCUUUCCUGCCACGCGCCCCGGAGCGAGUGAGUAUACAAAUAUGCUCUCAAAAAUUAUCAGAAAAAUUGCGAUCAGAAGAACAUAUCAUGAAAACAUAAGGACUUCUGUUCUAUAUUUUGCUGCAAGAAAAUUACACCCUUCCCAGACGCUCCAGCAAAUUGCUCAAAAUGAAUCGACUACUAUUCAUGCAUCUAGUAUUCAAAGAGGAAACUAUUCUCAACUUACAAGUGACCAUAUACAUUUCUUUGAAAGUAUUUUGGACAAACAGAGAGUUUUAACUGAUCCAUCUGACGUUGAACCAUAUAAUGUUGACUGGCUGAAAUUGGCUCAAGGGCAGAGUAAAAUUGUCUUGAAGCCAAAAACUACUGAAGAAGUUUCUGCAAUUCUCAAAUACUGCAAUGAUGAAAUCCUCGCUGUCUGCCCUCAGGGGGGAAACACUGGAGUUGUGGGAGGAAGUGUACCAGUAUUUGAUGAAAUUGUUAUCUCCACUAGCCUAAUGAAUCAGAUCUUAAGUCUUGAUGAGCUAUCAGGUGUUGUGAUCUGCCAAGCUGGUUGUAUAUUAGAAACACUUGAAAAUUAUCUCUCUGAUCACGGCUUCCAGAUGCCUCUUGAUUUAGGGGCAAAGGGAAGUUGCCAGAUUGGAGGAAAUGUAUCAACAAAUGCAGGAGGGAUUCGAUUACUCAGAUAUGGCAGUCUUCAAGGAAAUGUUCUAGGUGUUGAAGCAGUUAAAGCAAAUGGAGAGGUCAUAGACUGUUUGAGUUCUUUAAAGAAAGACAAUACUGGAUAUCAUUUGAAGCAUCUUUUCAUUGGAUCAGAAGGAACGCUGGGUAUUGUGACCAAAGUUGCUCUACAGUGUCCUCCCAUCUCCAAAGCAAUUAAUGUUGCUUUCCUAGGUUUGAAAUCGUUUGAAGAAGUUCUGAAGACAUCAAUUAAUGCUCGGAAGAAGCUAGGAGAAAUACUUUCUUCUUGUGAAAUGAUGGAUCAUGCAACACUGGAUGCUGUUACUUCCAAUUUAAAAGUGCAAAAUCCUAUUGGGGAAUAUCCUUUCUAUAUGUUACUAGAGACUUCUGGCGGCAACAGUGAGCAUGAUCAGGACAAGCUCAAUUUCUUUUUACAAUCAUCUUUAGUAAGUGGGGAAAUAGAAGAUGGUGUUGUGGCCAGUGAACCAUCAAAAAUUAAGGCUAUUUGGGAAAUUCGAGAGAGAGCUCCAGAAGCCUUUAAGGCAGAUGGAUGGUACAUUGUGUAUGAUAUUUCAGUGCCACUGAAGCAUUUUUAUGAAAUUGUUCCCAUUAUGUCACAGUGUUUGGCUGGAACGUCUGUCAAGAGAUGCACAGGCAUGGGACACUUAGGAGAUGGAAAUCUUCACUUGAACGUAUCAGGAAAAGAAAUUGAUCCAAAUUUACCCAACAUCAUUGAACCUAUUUUGUAUGAAUGGACAUCCCUACUGAAAGGAAGUAUUAGUGCAGAACAUGGAAUAGGCAUUCAUAAAACAAAAUACUUACACUAUUCAAAAUCUAAUAGUUCCAUUCAACUAAUGCACAAUAUCAAGCAAUUACUUGAUCCAAAAGGAAUUCUUAACCCUUACAAAAUUUUUCACAACUAGAAUAGUUAUAUGAUUGUGAAAUAAUGUUUUUGAAGAACUAUUUUUGGUUACAAAUGUAAAUA